AUGGACAGAAUUUUAUUUCGAAUGGAGAUCAAGAUGCGCUCAACCGCAAUCCUAGUCCAUCCGAGAAUCGUCACCGAUUCAAAAGAGACGCCAGUGGCAAAAAAUCUGAAAACCCAUGUGACGAAUUUGAAAAAGGUGGCUCGUGUUACUAAUGGUAUUUAUCUACUUCGAGAACUCAUAGCUGGAUCCAUUGACUCCGACGAGCUGAUCUCUGAAAUUCUUCGCUUUGGAGAUGUGAAACCAUCUAAAAUCUCUGAAAUCGUAUUGCCAGAUGUUCAAAGUGCUGUAAAUGAUAUGAAGUCACUUUCCGAUCAGUUAGCAGCUUCGGAAAACGCGAAAAAAGUGGAGAGAGCGUUUGAAGGGUUGAAAGAGAUAUUGAAUGAAGUGGAUGGAAUUGGCAACUUGACUGAAUGGACGGAUGAGAAGGAGCAUUUUGGGAAGGAAAUCGAUCGGCUUGCGAAGGAUGGAUUGAAUAUAACUGAUGUGGGAUCGAUUAAUUCUGCUUGUUUUGAUUGGAGAACCAACUACCAGCAAUUAAAAGGGAACACUGUUUCGACCAAAGAUAUACAGGAAACUGUAAGGCUAUUGAAAAAAAUGAAAGAUGCCAGUAUGAAUUUGAACAACUCACCCAUUUUUUGGAAAUUCUCCAACUUUUCCUUUGCUACCGAUGGAAUCUCGCCGAUUUUGAAAGCAGAAAAAGGUGUGGCCAUGUAUCGAAGUCAUGUUGACUUUCUUCAUAUUGAUGCUUCCGAUGGUUCACUUUACACGAAUGAGACAGAAUUGAUGUCGAAGAAGUUAAGCAGUAUGGUCGACCGUCUUACCGAUAUUAAAACAGUGUCAAGCCUGAUGAUUUCUCGUGGAAGACCAAAAAGACAACUUCAACACACAUUCGGAUUGCCAGAUGGUGCAUCGGACCUUUCAUUCAUAUCUUCUGACAUUGUUGAUUCAUGGAUCGCCAAGGUGGUUAAAUCGGAGAGUCUGAAAAUUGCACUAACUCACCUGGAUGGACUAACUAGCAUUUCAAAAUCAGUGGAUGAUUCCCUUGGAUCUGAUUUUGGAGGAAUAAUCGAUUUUUUGAGUCACCUGGAUUUGAUGUCAGAAGUUUCCAAAGAAGUUGAUGCGGCUAAAACGGGAGUCUCACAAGGAUACAACUGUUCUUUAAUUGCAGGACCCCCGAUUGCCAACGAUUCCAUCCAGAUUUUUAAGAACGCUGUGGAUGAAAUUGACAAGAAAUUGUUGGAAUUGAACACGGAAAGAGACGAGUUGUUGAAAUAUGUGAAGUCUUCCGGAAUCAUUGGAAUAUGCGAUGACAUUCUCGCCAUUUGUAACAAAACUAAAGCAGAUGGAAGUAAUGUUCAAGAAGUCGUGAAUGAGAUUAAAGGAUACAAGAACCUAGACGUCAUGGCUGGACAUAUCAAACAACUUUAUGACCUUACUCAUUCAAUAAUAGGGCUAAACAAAGUACAAAAUGAUGCAACAACUGUUAAUUCCAGUAUAGACUCUUUGAACAAAUAUCAUAAAGAGAUAUCAAAAACAUACUCUGAUUACUUCAAAUGUUUGCAAGAUCGGGAUCAGUUGUCUUUAGUGAUCAAAGCUAUUGAAGGUCUGAAAAGGAUCAGAAACUGGAAACAGGACAGCAAGUAUUCGAAAACAUUGAUGGAUGGAUUCAACGUUGUGCAAAAAGUGGUUGGAAUAAAAGAUGGACUGAAUGAAAUGAAGAGAUCAAUCGAGGGAUUGGUUGACUUGAAGACUCCGGAGACUGAUGCACUGAAAGAUUUCCCGGAAGCUUCGACCCAUUUGGAAGUCAUUGGGAAAGCGGUGCAAGGACUGACCGGGAUGAGAGAUGCAUUGAAUGAAAAGGAUGAUAUGAUGAAAUUUUCAAAAAGUAUUGAAGUCGUCGAGAGAAAGAAAAACGAAGCAACAGAUGUGGCAAGCCUGGAUGAAUUGGUGAAGCUCCAUGCAGAUAUUCAAAAUAUGUUUGAUUCAUUGAGCGAUUUCGAGGGAACAUUGUCAUGGUUUGCUGAUUCAGAUUCACUUGCCGAGCAGUCUGAUAUAUUCUCCAAUGCCAAAAAAGUGUCCGGAAUCACUGGCAACUUUUCGAGUAUGGGCAAAGCAGUUGAAGAAUUGAAGAGCGUUGUAAAUGGGUCGGAUUUGACCUCGUUAAAAGAAGUGGAGGAAGGAUUGAAGAUGAUGGACACGUUGGAGUUGGAUUUUGCUGGAUUCCAUAAGAGUUUUGAUGAUUCGAAGAACUCGUUGACUGCUCUCGACUUGUUCUUCGCAAAAACUCAGAAGAAGUUCGAGCCGACAACACCAAUACCUGCUCAGAGACCGACAUUUGAUUUGGAAACUUCCACUGAAGGCAUUGAAGAUUCUGGUGCUCAAUUAGGUGCUGAAAAGGAUGAGAAAGAUUCUGAAAAGUCGGACGAUCUCACAAAGGUAUACAUUGGUGUUGGCGCCUUAUGUUUUGUAGCAUUUGUCAUUUUCCUUCUAUACAAGUUCAAACGACCAUGGCUGAAAGCAAAGUGUCCAUGUCUUUGUUGGAAAAAAGACAAACUUCCGUCACCGCAACCACGACGUCCAAAACCCUCGAAACCGGAGGAGUUCCUGAAAAUCUUUGUCGACUACUUGAUGGAACAGUUCAAUGAAAUUCGCGUCGCAAAGAAAGCCUCCGACGAGGAUAUUACGUUUUUCACGUAUGAGUUCUACAAGACAAGUCUUGAAGCACAUAAAGUGACGGUGGAUGAGACGAAAAUAAUGCCACUGGUGUUGACAGAUUGCAGAGGUGACACGCGUCUGAUCAGAGGUCAUUUUCCGUUUCUCAAUGGAACAAUGGAACGAUUCCCGAACACGUUUAUCCACGCAAACUUCUUGGUGUUCCCAACAAAAAGGAAGUGGCUACUAACCCUGGCGCCACAAAAAGCAGCAGAAGCAAUACCAGAAUCUGAUGGGAAGAAGGCGGUAGACAAGAAGAAUUCGACGAUCGGAAAGUUCUGGUGGCUGGCGAAACAAUUCAAUUCGCAGCACGUUGCGCAGUUGUGCAAAUUGGAUGAAGCUAACGAAAUUCAAUGCGACCAAUACUAUCCUCUGAAGGUUGACGAAGAGUUUACUGAUGGCUGCUUGACGCUGAAAUGUACACACAUGCGCACGGAUUAUAAGGGUCAACUCGAAGUUCGAACCAUAACUGCAACUUUUACAAAUGAGCCUCCGUUCACAGUAACCCACUACGUGUUCACUCGUUGGGCUGAUCCUACAUAUCCCUCUUCACUGGACCCCCUCAUCGCUAUCUAUAGAGCAUUGAACAAAGACACCGGAACACCAAUCGUCCUCUGCUCGGAUGGAUAUAAGAGAACUGGAAUGUUUGCAUUGGGAGCUUAUAUGGCGGACUACGUAAGAAAGCACCGUACAAUCGAUUUUAAGAAGUGCUAUCAAAGUGUGGCGUCUUUGAGACUUGGUGCUAUCCCUUUUAUGACGGACUAUGCGUUCAGCGGACGUCUUUGUUUGGAAAUGUUGGCUGAUGAAGCCACCACCACAUCUGCUCUUCGAAAUGACUACAAUAAAUUGAGGGAUGGCUGGGAUCGUAUUGAUGAGGAGCAUGAGAAGAGGAACCCAAAGAAAGAGGCAAAGAGUGAGAGUACAACACAGAAAACGUCGACAACGCAGAAGUCAAAAAAAGAUGGAAAUGAUGAAGAGUAUCUGGAUGACCCGACGAUUAGGUCGAGGUAG